AUGCCCCCGAUUUUUUGUGAAACGGUGCUUCUAGAGAGUGUGAAGGACCUGAAAGUAUUGCCAGGUGUCUGCGGGGCGACCCUUACCCUCUGCACCUUCCCCGGCCAGAGUCAGUUCGCCGCGGCGGCCGUCAACAUCCCGACGGUCGAGCUGUGCUGCCCGGAGACUCCUUGCCCGACCACUCUCGGCGUCGCGAUUAAUACGUGCAGCAGGCUCCCGACCCCUACCCCGACUCCGACUCCUACUCCGACCCCGAGUCCUACCCCCAUUGCAACUACAUCUGCCGGGUGCCCCAUCGGCAGGCUCCUGUGCCCGGCGAACGCCCCCAGUCUGGGCGCCACGUUCAACGUCUGCUGCCAGCUGAAUGUUUGUCCCUCCAGCAACAACCAGUUCGUCCUCCAGGGGCCAGCCUGCGAUAUUUUCCCCACGAUCCCGACACAGACCCCCACGCCUACACCGACUGCUUAG